CUGCCCCCGGCGCAGACGUCCUCUGCUCGCGAAGCCCUCCAGUCUUUCUACUGCAGCCUCUGCUCAAAGGGCUACUCUCGAAUGAACGAUUACGAAGCACACCUCAGUAGCUACGACCAUAGUCAUAAGCAACGUCUCAAGGACAUGAAGGCCAUGGUGCGCGAUCCCAAUGCUGGCGCGAGAGCCCGAAAAGCCGAGGCCAAGGCCGACGGUCUUGUCAGCAUCAAGCUCGCCUCGAACGAUCAGCCGGCACAAGCAGCCACCACCGGAGGCUUCAAGAAGGGAGGUUUUAAAAAGUCGGGAUUCAAGUCGGCUUUCACUCCCGUCGACACACCUGCUGCUGCCGCACAAGAAAUCCCAAAGUCGAGAGUGGGACAAGUCCUCGAAGCCGAGAGGCUGGCAGCUGCCAGAGAUCGAGACGGGGACACUGAGAGCGAUACGGAGGACGAAGGUUACGAAGUCUACGAUCCAGAACGGCCCACGAAUUAA